UGUCCCACGGAAAUUUGUAAUGCCCCUGCAACGUUUCAGCGAGCCAUGAAUAUGACCUUCGCUGAGUUCGUUAACAAAACCCGACUAACCCAGCCCCUGAUCAAUUUCUGCGUGAUUGUGUACAUGGAUGAUAUUUUGGUCUUUUCAAAAACACACGAGUACCACAUGGAACACAUUGAGUGGGUUUUGCAUGCACUAGAAGAUGCGGGGUUCAAAGUGGCCUUGGAGAAAAGCGAGUUCUUCUUGUCGGAGAUCUCAUUUUUGGGGUACAUCGUCACGGUCGAUGGACUAAAACCGGAUCUGAGGAAGGUGGCAACAGUUCAAGAAGCCCUGGUGCCGGUCACACUCACCCAGGUUCGGGCUUUUCUAGGGCUGGCAUCCUAUUACCGACGCUUCAUCAAGGGGUUCGCCGGUGUAGCGAAGCCCCUAACGAACCUGCUGAAGAAAGAGGAGCAGCUGAUCUGGACGCCGGAAUGCGAAGCGGCGUUUCAGGCGUUGAAGGAGGCUCUGACAUCUGCUCAUGUGUUGGCGGGCGACUCGCUGUCAAAACUUACCAAAGCCGAGCGGCGGAGAGUCACGGAGCGGGCGCAGGACUAUCGCUGGCAGGGACCGACGUUACAAAAACGAAAAGUAGAUGAUGGCGGAGGAUCUAGCUGGUUGACGGUUCCGCACCCUUUCGCUAGGCUCGAUUGGACACGAGCCGCUCAUGAAGAGGAUGCGGUCCAUUUCGGGGUCAACUACACGAAAAAAGCCAUCGAAAAGAAUGGAUGGUACUGGUCGGGAAUUCGGGAAGAUGUGAAAUACAUCGUCCAGAAUUGCCCGGCCUGCGCGGCUGACAAGGCGCCGGUACAGAUGCCUCGGACGAUGGUGCCUACUCGUGUAGAGCGCCCCUUUCAGAGGGUUAGCAUCGACACGACGGAUAUCAACGUUCCAAGAGGUCCCGUCGAUCAAGGAGAGCUCAAUGUUCUUUUAGUGGCCGUCGAUCAUUUUUCGAAAUGGAUCGAGGCGUACCCUAUGACCAACCGGAAUUCGCAGGAGGUAGCUUGGAUGAACCAUCGCCAGCCGGAGCAUGAGCCCCUCGAGCAUUUCCAGACGCCGCUUGCAGAUCGCUUGUUGCGGCAUCAGUUCAAUGAGGAAAGGCAGUUGCGGUACGACAUUCAGCAGGUGAACGUGCCAUCGCCCGGGGUUGCUGAUCUGGCGACGUACUCGUUACUUUCCGAUCGGCUGACGUAUGCGGGGGUGUACAUGGACGUGACGCAGUUGCCUGGGCGGGAAACAACUCGAGUGUUUAUCGAGUUCCGUGCGCUCCAGGUGGCACCCAACUUCGUACAUAGCGUCGCUACCUUUAUCGGAGACUUGACGAUCUUGCCGCUGCCGAGUCGGGAGCUGGCGCGGAGUUUUGUGCGUGAAUGCGCAGUGCAGGCGGCCAGAUCAGUGGCCAGAGUGCAACGACGGGGGGGACACCGAUUCACAGCCCACGAAGCGCUGCUGCGCAGGGCAGAGGACGGACCAAUCGCGUUGGGCCCUUAUCCUAUGCGCGAGUUCUCGGACUAUCUGGUGGAGCUAACUGACGUGGAACCGCUGCCCUUCGCAGACGAAGACGCGUGGGAGUUGCACCGUACGCUGUACAAGUCGGUGGCGUUGGGGAUGUUUCGAUUCUUCGUGGAUCACGAAGACCACUGCAUCGGGGAACACUUUGUGGUCUAUUACGUCAUCGCGCGGCCCAAGCCAGCGCAGAAGAAGGGGACGGUGGCGCUGUACCCAUUCGCCCAGCUCCAGACGAUCGAUCCGGGAUUGUUGGAGCUCAUACAUCUUGAGCUCCUCUCCGUUGCGCAAGUGAUCGCGAGCGAGGAAGAGGAGAUCCAGCCAACAUUCCGGACGGCGACGGCCCUGCGGAGAACGUACAACGCGGUCGUCAUCCCGGAUUACAUUGCGCAGCGCUCGGAGAGGUUGGAGGACUUCCCGGAGGAAAAGCCGUUGCGGCCUCCCUCGUCGUAUCCUAGACCGGCGCCACCAAAGGCCCCCAAGAAGACGCUGAAGAGGAAGAGACGCCACCCAUCGCCAGGAGCGCAAGGAAGCAGAAUCGGUGGCGGCGAGGAGGUGAUUCAGCCCGCGCGUACGCGAAAUCUUGACCCCGUGCCUGGGAGUGCGGCGACGCUCGUUAAGGAGACUGUCGUGCCAUCGCCGCCCCUCCCGCGUGUGCCCGAUCUCAAUCUUGAUGGAGCCGGGCCAUCAGCAGCAGCAGCAGCCGGGGGAGGAAGCCGAAUGGGAUUACCGGAUCCCAUAUCCAGCCCCCCCGUCCUCGCGGGACCUCUCCGCUUCCGCCAGCCACCCCGGGGUGCCCCGGUCAUUGACAUUAGCAGUUCCUCCAAGCCGGACGGUCCAUCCGACAGAGGUGGAUUUCAUGGUGGAGCCCACCACCAUCAGGCUCGAGGCCAUCGCGGGGGCGCCGCGCCCUGAUCCGGCGUGGGAGCCAUAUCUGACA